AUGGAUGAAAAAAGAAAAAGAUUCGGGCCUGAUUUGAGUUUGUCCCAAAGUUCAGUUGAUCAAGAGGAACCAAGUAAUAAGGUUCUAACCCUUGAUGAAGCAACUGAUUUUGAACUGAAGCAUGGUAAUGUUGACCCCAAUGUGGAUUUGAAGAAGCUCAGAAGGUUGUACUAUGUGUUGAGACUAAAUUUUUUUUUUAAUGUGACAUUUAUUAGAACUAUAUCAAAUCGAUUGUCUGCGCAAAGAGCCAGGAAUAAGAGGAUUGAAUACACCACUCAAUUGGAAAAGAAGGUGAACGAUCUCGAGGCUAAGUUAGCUAUCAUGCCACCAGAAAUUGAAAAUGAGAGAGACAAAAAAAACAUGUUGAUGUUGGAGGGAAAAAUGUUGCGAGAACAGUUGGAGAUAGCCAAUGACAGAUCCAAAUUACGCACUGCGUAUACGGAAGAGAUGAAACUUGAAUUGAGGAGGCUUAAGGAACUUCAUGAAAAGGCUCUGAAAGAAAAGCAUAGUGCUAUUCAUUUGUUGGAUAUUGAGGGACAAGGUUCCAAUUCUUAUGAGUCAGAAUCAGGUGGAGUGAUAGACGUGGAGCAAGACAUAGACCAGUAUCUCAACUUGGAUGCCAUGAAUUUUUACCCACCCAAUUAUGAUUAAGAUGCGAACCAUUUAUUAACAAAUAAUAUGUGCUUUGUGGGAGUGGUCCUCUU